UGGAGUAAACUUCAUCAAGUAACAAAUUACUUUGAGCAGCCACUAUAAAAAUAUUUAUCAGGCAAUUGAACCUUCAUAGUCACUACUGCAUAGUCUCCAUUUCUUCUAGGAAGAACAUGAAAGCCAUCAUUAUUUGUGUGCUUGUAACUCUGGUCUCUAUCUCCAAUGCUAAACCACAGUACAACUACAAUGAAGAAUCUGAGUUACUCAUGACACUGGAUGGAAGGAUAAGUGGAAUGAAGAGUCGAAUGGGAAAAGACAUAGUGAUAGGAGGACUAGCCUAUGUACAUGAAAGCGCCAAUGGAAAGUGUUUGGAGACAAUUCUACAGCACAAUCAUGUAGAGAGUUUGGAAGCACUCCUAUAUGCCAUUGAUGUCAUUAACUCUGAUCCCAAUAUCCUACCUAACUUAACACUAGGGUAUGAUAUAAGAGACACCUGUGGCAGUGAAAAUGUAGGCUUAGAUGAAGCCAUUGAUAUUAUCUACUCAAAUGGUCAGAUUGAGAUAGAGAGCUGCAGUGCUGAGUUUGAUAAUGAUACACAGACACCAGUGUCAGCAGUUAUUGGAGCAAUCAAUAGUCCUGUCACUAUAUCAGUUGCUGGUCUCUUCAGGUACUUCAAAAUACCUCAAGUGAGUUUUUCGUCUACAUCAACACUGCUUAAUAAUCGUGAGUCCUAUCCAUAUUUCUUUCGUACCAUACCAGGAGACAAUCAUCAAGUCCAGGCAAUGAUAGACUUGAUACUUCAUUUCAAAUGGGAUCAUGUAUCAACACUCUACUCUAGCAACAGAUACGGUCAACCAGCAAUAAAUGCAUUCCACAAAUUAGCUAACGAGAAAGGAAUUUGCUUAGACAUUAGUGAGAGUUUAGAAGAGAAAUCAGAUUAUGACAGCAUAGCAUCUAAACUGUAUAACUCUACAGCUAAUGUUGUUGUAUUAUUCAAUGCUCUUGCUGUCAUGACCAUAAGGUUUCCGAUAAACUUCAAUGAAGCGAAAUAUGUUGCAUUUGCGACCUUCUCCCUUGUUCUGACCUGGUUCUUCUUCAUGCUUGCUUUUAUUGUAAGUCAGAACACUCCCUAUCAAGGAGCUGCCCUAUCAACUGCAAUACAAUCACUGCUGCAUAGGAAGAACAUGAAAGCCAUCAUUAUUUGUGUGCUUGUAGCUCUGGGCUCUAUCUCCAAUGCUAAACCACAGUACAGCUACAAUAAAAAAUCUGAGUUACUCAUGACACUGGAUGGAAGGAUAAGUGGAAUGAAGAAUCGAAUUGGAAAGGACAUAGUGAUAGGAGGACUAGUCUAUGUACAUGAAAGCGCCAAUGGAAAGUGUCUGGAGACAAUUGUACAGCACAAAAGUGUAGAGAGCUUGGAAGCACUGCUAUAUGCCAUUGAUCUCAUUAACUCUAAUCCCAAUAUCCUUCCUAACUUAACACUGGGGUAUGAUAUAAGAGAUACCUGUGGCAGUGAAAAUGUAGGCUUAGAUGAAGCCAUUGAUAUCAUCUACUCAAAUGGUCAGAUUGAGAUAGAGAGCUGCAGUUCUGAGUUUGAUAAUGAUACACAGACACCAGUGUCAGCAGUUAUUGGAGCACUCAUUAGUCCUGUCACUAUAUCAGUCGCUGGUCUCUUCCGCCUUUUCAAAAUGCCUCAAGUUAGUUUCUCCUCUACUUCUUCAAUACUCAAUAAUCGUGAUUUUUACCCAUAUUUCUUUCGUACCAUACCACCGGAUGAUCAUCAAGUCCAGGCAAUGAUUGACCUGAUACUUCAUUUCAAAUGGGAUCACGUAUCAACACUCUACUCUAGCAACAGAUACGGUCAGCCAGCAAUAAAUGCAUUCCACAAAUUAGCUAACGAGAAAGGAAUUUGCUUAGACAUAAGUGAAACCUUAGAUGAGAAAUCAGAUUAUGACAGCGUAGCAUCCAAACUGUAUAACUCUACAGCUAAUGUUGUCGUAUUAUUUGCUUCACUAACAGACGUUCAGAGAAUUUUAGAUGCAGUUAAAAAAGUAUACGAGAAUAGUAACAACAAAAGAAGAUUCCUUUGGUUAGCCAGUGACAGUUGGUCAGAGAUAGAUGACUAUCAUGAAAUAACUAUUGGUAAGUGGGGGACAGCACCUUCUUCUCCAUUUGUCCCAGGAUUCAAUGAAUAUUAUUCAGAACUUAAUCCUAGCAGUAACAGACGCAACCCUUGGUUUGAAGAGUUCUAUCAACUUUAUAAUCCCAACUGUAGUAAUAAUAGUACUACUGGCAAUUGUUCUACAAGCAUAACACAAAAUGCUAGUUAUGUACAAGAUUCAUUUGAUGCUCUAGCUAUUGAUGCAGUAUACACCAUUGCCAAUGCUUUUGAUGCUUUCUUUAAAGAAAACUGUAAAUUUCCAUUAGUUUGGUACCCACAAAAUAGAAGCUGCAUUGGAAACAAUAGCAAUGAUACUACUCUAACUGGAGAAAAACUGAAAGAUUACAUUCAAAGGACAAAUUUUACAAGCUUUACCCAAACUAUUGUCAAUUUUGACAGUGAAGGUAACAUUGAAGGUAAAUAUAAAAUAUUGAACUAUCAAUUAAACAAAUCAGCUGAUUGUAAUGAAAAGUGUAUAGCUUUAAAAGAGGUGGGUACUUGGGACGGAAGCUUAUCAAGCAACCGGCUUCAAUUAUCUUCUGACAUUGAACAGCAAUUUGGUAUUGAUAAAGCAGGCAAUAUCAUCACAGCUUUAGAAUCAAAUUGUCAAAGUUGUAGUCCUGGGUAUUUUAAGAGGGUAGUAACGUCAUCAUUGUUAAUAGUCGUAGUUUCAUUGAUAGUAGCUCCUCCUGAAGCCAAUCGAACUAUACAGUAUAACGAAGUAAAUCAUAAUUCUCAUCCAGAGCUGAUUGUUACCUGCAGUUCGCCCCAUGUUGCCUUUAUUGUCUUACAAAUGAUUUAUUUCUCUGGCCUUCUCAUUGCUAGCAAUGCUCUUGCUGUCAUGACCAUAAGGUUUCCGAUAAACUUCAAUGAAGCGAAAUAUGUUGCAUUCGCGACCUUCUCCCUUGUUCUGACCUGGUUCUUCUUCAUACUUGCUUUCAUUGUAAGUCAGAACACUCCCUAUCAAGGAGCUGCCCUAUCAACUGCAAUACAAGUGAGUUCAGUGGCAGUUCUCCUCAGUCUUUUUGGUCCAAGAGUGUUUAUUAUGAUAGUAUGGCCCCAUAGGAAUGCUGAAAGACACUCAUCUGUUGUAUCAAAAAUCAUGCCACUUGGAACACAAAACCGCACUUCUAUUAUGCCAUCAGAUGAUAACAAAAUUGCAAGCAAUAAAAAGAAUAAUGACACUGAAGAAUAA